AUGGCCGACAGCGGCGGCACGGGCAGCUCGGGGCCCUGGUGGAAAUCGCUGACCAACAGCAGGAAGAAAAGCAAGGAAGCCGCGGUAGGGGCGCAGCCUCCCACGCAAGCUGCCCCCGGGGAGCCCGCGCCGCCUGCACCUCCCAGCCCGGACUGGACUAGCAGCUCGCGGGAGAAUCAGCACCCCAAUCUCCUCGGGGGGGCCGGCGACCCCCACAAGCCAGACAAGUUGUGCGGGGAGAAAUCGGGCAGCAGCCGCCGCAAUUUGAAGAUCUCGCGCUCGGGCCGCUUUAAAGAGAAGAGGAAAGUGCGCGCUACUCUGCUCCCCGAAGGAGUCAGGUCCCCGGAGGAGGCGGGCUUCCCGGGUGACCCGCAGGAGGACACGCAGUAGUUGGAGCGCUUCCGGGACUGUGUCUCUUCCCACCACUCCUCCCUACCCCCAGUUCUAAACCCUAGAGUUCUGGCUCACCCCAGUACCUGGUGUCUCAUCCUGCCAACUUCAGAGUAUUUCAAACAAGGCCUCCCCGAUUUUCUUCGUCCUGGAAAUCGACCGAGUUGUCAAUAUUUCAUGACUCAAGGAGGCAUUGAGUAUUUAUCUAUGGUAAGAGAAGAUACCUGCCACAGAGGAAGUUGGCAUAAUUAUUUUUUCCCAAAAGUUCUCCAGUGACCUCCACCCCUUGGGCCACCUGGGGAGUGAGAAGGGUACUUCUCUGAGUUCGUAGCCCAACUGGGACUGCACAGCCCCUCAAAGGAGGAAGCCAGGAAGCCCCGCUCUGAUUCAGGACUUGCUAUUGGAAAGCAAAUUAACGCCAGAGAAAUGCACUUUAGAUGUACUUCUUAGAUGUACUUUGGUAGACUCAGACGUUACACGAAAGAGGGCAGGAAACCUUAGGUAGAAGCAUUUUAAGUAAGACAAGAUUGCUUUUAAUGUGGAACUACAAAACUGUACUGCCUAUUUUAGUGUGGACUAUUAAAAUUGUUACACUGUAAAA